UGCUGCAGUGACGCGCACUCAAUUUCAGCGUGUGUUCUCACGCGCACCGCCUCUUAGUUUAAAGACGCGACCAAAGAAGUAAGCUGCAAUUCAACCUCACAUUGUAAAAAAAGUUUGGCUUCGGAAAACUUUAACCCGAGUCACGCGUCAAGAGUUGUAGACAAAGGGAAACUUCUCCUCGGGAUGUUAUGCGGAAUGCGUAAGGAUGGAAUAAACUGAAAACCCAAAGACACGUUUUGCAGCACCAGAUGUACCAGCUGUACCAAGAGAUCAUUACCGGAGCCUGGCCCAAGGGCAGAGAGAACAAGAGAGACCUCUUCAGACCUACUUCUGGAACCAAGGUGCUCCAGGGCUGAGGUGUCAUGGCGUCCUGUCCUGAGCCCUGUGCGUCCAGAGGACACUUUCCAGAAAAGGAGCCUGCCUCUAUCUGUAUGCGGUUCGGUGUUCGGUCAUAUCUCCACCACUUCUACGAGGAGUGUUCGUCCUCCAUGCGGGAGAGAGACCCAGAGGACCAGCACCAGGGAUCAGCCCGGGACUGGAGCUCAGCCACCUGGAGCUCAGCAGCCUGGAAGGUGUCCCUGGCCCUGAGUCUCCUCCUGCUGGGGGCGGGCGUGGCCGGUCUGUCCGUGGGGUUCUCCGGCGCCCGCCGCAUCGAGUCCUUCGGUGAGGGCGAGCUGCUGUUCGUGGACGCCGCCGCCGUCCGCCACAACGAGGCGCUGCGCGUGGGCGUGGCGGCGGGCACCCUGCUCACCUGCCUGGCGGCGGUCCUGGCACUGAUGGGGGCGUGCCUCUGGCUCCUCCCCCGAGUCGACCUCCCCGCGUGGUCCAAGCUCGGCGAGGAGGAGGAGGGGAAGGUGCCCGUCACGCUGUCCAAGGUGGAGAUCGUCCAGCCCUCCCCUGACAACCACCCGCCCAUCCCAUAA